GGUCCGUAUUUUAACCAGUGCUAUAGAUUACUUUAUGCAGGCAGCCAGACUUGCACCUUUUGCAAAGUUAUUUGACAUCCACUGAACAAACAGAAUUUAAAUUUCUUUAAACUAUUAUUUAUCAGAGCUCAUUAACAAGGAUCCUUUUAGUUCCCUUUUUCCAGGUAAAGUAUGAGAUUCCUAGUGAAGAAAAACUGGAUACUUGAUUUGGCUUUGCUGUUUCUGCAUGAAUAUUCAAGGAUUGACAAAAGACUACCAAGUAGUAGGAUUUAUAUCCUCCGGAACUUACGGAAAAGUUUACAAGGCUAUUUCAACAAAUAAAAAUGAAAAGCGCUAUUUUGCUAUAAAAAAAUUCAAGGCUGAAGCAAGGAAUGCGGCUCCAAAUGCGCAACAAACGGGCAUCUCUCAAAGCACCAUACGAGAAAUGAUGCUUUGUAGAGAAAUCCAACAUGAAAAUGUUGUGAAGUUGAUUCAAAUAUUACUGAAAGACGGGACCAUUAGUAUGGUUUUCGAAUACGCUGAGCAUGAUCUAUUGCAAUUAAUCCACUUUCAUGGCCGAACAAGAACGAGAAAAAUACCCCCAUUUAUAAUAAAAAGUAUCUUGUGGCAGUUGCUCAAUGGUCUUGCCUACCUUCAUGAAAACUGGGUUAUACAUCGCGAUUUAAAGCCUGCCAACAUCAUGAUAACGGCAGCUGGAAAGGUUAAAAUUGGUGACUUAGGGCUUGGUAGACUAAUCCGUGACCCUUUACUUCCAUUCUACUCUAGUGAUCGUGUCGUCGUUACUAUAUGGUAUCGUGCGCCUGAAUUAUUAUUAGGGGCUCGAGACUAUACGCCAGCUAUAGACAUAUGGGCAAUUGGCUGUAUUUAUGGAGAGAUACUCGCUUUAACUCCUUUGUUUAAAGGUGAAGUGAAAAUGGAAUCCAAAAAAGUGAUUCCGUUUCAACGCACACAAAUGCUACGGAUAAUGGAGAUAUUAGGUACGCCUACUGUAGAAAGGUGGCCAGAUUUAAAAGAUUAUCCUGACUAUGAUCAAUUGUCGACAUUUGAAGUAAAGUAUUGGAAUAAUCUGCUUCCCCAGUGGUAUCGCACAGACAAAACUAGAGAUCCAAAAGGUCUCGAUUUGCUUAUGAAGCUACUUGUUUACGAUCCUAAAAAACGAAUAACUGCUAAAGAGGCAAUUCAGCAUCCUUUUUUUACAGAGGACUCCAACUGGAGUACCACGCCUUUCUCCGAUCAUGGCGUCCAGUAUCCAGAACGAAGGAUAUUGCCGGAUGAUUCGGAUCUUCCACCUGGUAAACGACCGCUGACUUCUACCAUGCGUCAAGAACCGAAACGCUUUAAAGGAAAUUAA